CGCGGGCACCGUGCGGCGGCAGCGGCCGCGCCCGCUGGGUCUGUCCGGCACCGGAGCCCGGCGGGGCGGCGGCGGAGCUCGGAGGCGGCUCCGGCCCAGGGUGUAAAGCUGUUCCCGAGGCGAUCUCCGAGAGGCUUUGUCAGCACUCCUGAUGGCUCGGGAGGAAGGUGCUGUUUGUUCCUGGCAGAGAGAUGAGGGCUGUGAGCUGGAGGGGAGUGAAUUCUGCACCACCCAUGGCGGGGUGAAUGAGUCCCUGGAGAACACGUCAGCAACAGCGAAUCCACUCAGAAGAUUCCUGGGUGAAUGGUUCAGCUCCCAUCCUGUGCUCACGACGGUGCUGAUUCUGCUGCUCCUGGUGCUGGUGCUGGCUUUGGGGGUGGCCUUGGCUGUGCAGUCAGCAUCACAGGUUCCAUUUACACUUGCAAAUUUGCAGUGCUGUCCCCAUGGCUGGGUUGGGUCCAAUGGGGUCUGCUACUAUUUGUCAAGGGAUUCCAGGAGCUGGGAGCAGGCUCAGGAGCGGUGCUCCGAGCUCGGGGCCUCCCUGGCCAUUCUCAAGGCUGAGGCCAUGGAUUUGCUCUUCCGCCUCCGCGGGAACGUGGAUUACUGGAUCGGGCUGCGCAGACGGGGCGAGCGCCUGCACUGGGGGGACGGCAGCAGCUACAGCUCCAGGGUUCCUGUCUUUGGCAAUUCCCAGUGUGUGUGCCUGGCUGACAAGAGAUUGAGGAGUGAGAUGUGCUCAAAUGAGCGGCCGUAUGUCUGCAGCAAGGCCCAGGCUGCCCUGUGACAGGGCUGCAGAAAGGACCUUGUCCACGCUGGGCAGUGCCAGCUCCAGCUCUGAGCCCAGCACAGCGCUGUCCUUCCUCAGCUGCACCCUGUGCCUUGCACUGACUCUCAGGGUCACCUCAGUGCCUGUUCAUCCCCAGUGCCAGCGCUGGGCUGGGUGCUCAGGGGAAAAGUCUCUGCACUACAUCCUGGCAUCACUGGAUUGUCCUCAUUAUAUGUGAGAAACAUGGCUCUCUAUUUAGAUUUUUUAUACAAGUUUAUUAAGUGAUACAUUUCAGUGUUGAGUGCUUGGGUAUUUUCAAAAACAGUAACGUUAAGUUACUAUCUAUAAAAGCUAUAUGGUUCCUACAUAAACUGACAGGUUUUACUGCAUCAAAAGCAGAAAUGGCAAUGUGUACUGUAUCAGCAUUUUUGUGAUCAGUAAUAGCUUGUAAAACAAAACUUAGUACAUAAAUGUGAUAGUCAAUACCUAUAUUUGUUAUUUUUAACAUUAUACAACAAGCUUGACUGUGAAAUCCAAA